AUGUCGAAGAAGGAGGACAUCAUCGACGUCGAAAAGCCCGUGGACAUCGCGCUGCUCGAGGACAAGCUGGAGAGGAGCUCUCCAGCGCUCGAGAUCACGCUGUCCCCGGCACGUUUGGCCUUCCACGUCGCCGUGCUCUGCCUGUUCGUCGGGGCCUUCACGGGGGUCGCGCUCUGGGGCAUCACUCUACCGGAGACCGUGUACGACAAGGUGGGGUCGUCCACCAACGCCGACAAGAAGACGGACACGUACAACUUCCGCUCGGGGCUCGUCAUGGCCUUCGUGGAGGUCGUCAUGGGCUGGUGGCUCGACAAGAUCCAGCCGGCCUACAUCGUGUUCCUGCACAACCUGCUCUGGUCGUCCAAGGAGGUCUCGGCGCCCAGCAAAGUGGUCGGUCGGGUCCGAUCCGUCGUCCUGUUCGUCGUCCCGAUCGUGGUCGUGCUAACGCUGGGCAACAGCAUCCGCGGCUUCCAGGCCUCCAACAGCACGGUGGGCUACAACUCGACCAUGAUCCUCGACGACUUCCAGAAGUCCCAGUCGACCAUCGAGAAGCUGCAGGCCGCGGCGCUCAAGAACGAGUCCAAGCUCGAUAUCCGCCGCCCCAGCGACACCAUCCUCAAGAACGCGGUGCGGCAGGAGACGACCCCCUUCAGCUUCAUCUCGAGCCCGACGUGCACCCAGCAGAACUCGAGCGUCACGUACGCGGGCGAGAGCCUGGCGCCGAUCAACGUGGACGACCUCGCAUCCAUCGCCGUCGUCUACGGCUUCUACUCGAACGAGUGGAACACGGAGGUCAACUUCAUGAACAAGACGCCCGACGCCGACUACUCCGUCACGUACGCGGAGGCGCAGGGCAGCGCGGACUGGCCCGAGGCCUUCGACAUCGUCGACGUCGUCAACCUCUUCCUGCACGGGACCGUCAUGAUGGAGCGCGCCAUCGCCAACUCCGAGCGGCGCCAGCACAACUGUUCCGAGUCGGACGGUCGGACGGACCUCGACACGUUCCCCAACGACUCCAGCACCAGCACGGGCGCGUGGACGUACGCUGAGGACGGGACGAGGAUCUGCCAGGGCCCCGCGACGUCGCUGUUCAAGCUCAUGGAGGCCGGUCUCAACAAGUCGUUCCCCAGCACCUUCGCGCUGGACGAGACGACUCUGUCGAUGGAGAAGCUGAGCCUCACGGAUCAAAUGAGCAUCCAGGCGCUGACGAUCGACGUCGUGCUCAACGCCUCCGUCGUCUACGGCCAGACGUUCGAGGACGCCGCGUGCUACUUCUACGAGGCCUGCGGCUCCUCGUCGAACGGCAGCGCAACAACGAACGCGAGCUUCGUCCCCGACUACGUGUGGAGCUACUACAGCACGAGCUUCUGCGGCAACACGUCGUGCCUCUUCUUCGACACGAGCAACACGUUCAACCUGCAGAAGGAGGUGGGGGUCAUCCCGGUUGUGGACAACUGCACUGGGAUCAACUACGACGCCAACUACGGUGGUUGGUACCCCGUCGAGUGCGAGAAGCUCCCGAACCAGGCCGUGGUCUACGGCAUCGGCUCGUACAUUGCGGGGGACACGUUCGCGUACGGCGGGAUUGACGGGGAGUACGAGGUCUUUGGAGAGAGCGUGGACAUGUACGUGGGGCCGUACGUCGUCAACCCUCGACGUCACAUCCAGUUCAGCUUUGCGCUGCUUAGUUGGAAGACGGACCCCGUGCAUCAGGACUUUGACGCGCAGUGUGACGUGAGCGGCGAGGACGGAGGCGACUGCAACGGCAUGUGGUACCAGCUGCCCCAAACCAAGCGCUACCUGUUCGCUGGAACCGACGUCCUCCCUGUGGACGACAUCAUGGCCGGGGACUUCCACUCCCCCACGCCGCUGGUGCAGCUGAACGCGCCGUCCGUCCUCAUUCAAGGCACGCCGACGGAGCUGGAGUACUUGAACCUCGACAACUUCGCGAGUACGCAGUGGAACGCGAGCUUGAACGAGAUGCUCACGAGGGAUGCAUGCUCGUCCCUGAUGGAGUCGUAUCUGGCCCAGCUGGAGGACAACAAGUACUCCCUGGAGCGGCCGCUGGAGGUCAUGUACUCGUCCGUCUUCUUCUUCUUCAUGCAGAACGCAGCAGUGACGGACCUCAGCUCUUCCUCAUCCUCGUCGUCCACUACGAAAUCGUCCACAUCGUCGGAUCUUUUGGCGAACGUGCAGCUCAAAGGCGAUCGCCAGCUCCGCCGCAUCGCCAUGUCCAUCCCAGCCAACUCGUUCUGGAUCUCGUUCGUGGGCUGCAUGGCGCUCGUCGCCGUCACAUUCGUCAUCCUCAUCUUCCCCACGCAGCGCGCGGAAUACUUUGAGCCUGGGACCACGACCGCGGAGAGGUACGUGGCGCUGAAAACCAGCGCGGACUACCCGGACCUCGUGUACAAGAAGAUGCUGGUGCCUGCGAAGACCACGGGCGCCGAUCCGCCAACCAUGGACGCGUUCCGCGUGGAAAGUAUGACGCUGGUACACCGCACUGGGGAGAGAACGCAGCACAUUGAGCUCUGA